GGGUGGCACUCUGAGUUUCGAAGAUCCGAAUUCUGCCGUAGCUGUUACUGGAUCGCGCUCUCAUUCGGUGUUUCCUCGAUCUCGUUUUGCAACAAUUUUGCUGCGAUGGCGAAUCUUGUGCGGCAACGACUCGGUGCUCUCCUGAGCCGACCUAUUUCCAGCCCCUUGGGCCAGACUGCCCAGACUGGUGCUGCUUCAAAGCGCUUCUUCGCUUCCAAGUCUCACGCACACGACGAUGCUGAGGAGACGGCUAAGUGGCGCAGCAUCACAAUUGCAGCGUACAUCAUGUGUAUUGGCAUGGGAAUCUACAUUCUUGCUAAUGAGGAACAUGGGCAUGAUGGAGAGAAACCGGGGUAUUCUUACUUGCAUAUCCGUAACAAGCAGUUUCCCUGGGACCGCUCCUUGGAGUUCUCUAAAGUUGAUUAUUUAAAGUAAAAGGUCCUGACGGUUUAUUCGAGUACAAGCACGAAGGUCACUAUGAGCACUAAUCUCUGCUUAGUCUUCGUGCAUCAUCAGUUUCCUAGAGUUAUGUAAUGAGGUUGAUCUGUAGACAGCUGCCUAGAAACUAGCUUGGUGUGCCCGAGCAUUCCUUUUCCGCCUUGAGAUCCAUACCAGCAUGGAUAUCAAUGUUCCUCUGCAUAAUGAUACUUAAUAAUUCGCCAGAAGACACACUUCAUGUGUUGUGCAUAUGGUAUAUUGGCAUAACGACUCAGUCUUACGAGUAUCGUAGCACCGUUUUCAAUGGACAUAUUUCAUGGAAAGGAGUAUUAUAUAGUGGCCAGAGUGGAAGUAUUUAGUUGGAGGAUUUUACGAUUGUUCCUGUUUCUCAUACAGUUUUGUAAAUUUGCAACUAGGUAGUGUAUUGUACAACGUCGAC